AUACCCUGAGGAGCAUCGCCUCCAUGAACCAUGCACCGCGGUCCUCCCCGGCAGAGCUCAGCGGUGCCAGCCACCACCUGCUGCGAGAGCGCAAGUCCUCAGCGCCAUCCCACUCCAGCCAGCCCACCCUGUUCACCUUCGACUCGCCCGCCAGCCACCUCCAGAGCACCCUGUCUGCCAGUGCCCCCCAGGACUACCUUUUCCUCCACCAGUGUAUGAGCAGAAAGUCAGAAAACGCAAGGAGUGCCAGCUUCUCCCAAGCCACGAGGUCUGCCUUCUUCAUGCGGAGCGACACAGCGGUCCAGAAGCUCUCACAGGGCAACGGGCACUGCAUAAACGGGGUCGGCGGGCAGCUCCAUGGCUUUUACAGCCUGCCGAAACCCAGCCGGCACAACUCAGAGUUCAGGGACAGUGCGUACGACCUCCCACGCGCCUUUGGUUCCUACACCCACCCCAAGUCCAGCCUCACCAGCUCUGAAACGGAUAACGAGGAGGUCUACACCUACAAGACUCCCAACAACACCCUAUGCAAGGAGUUUGGGGAGCUCUCCACGGACUCCUAUGAUAUCCCCGCCACCCCGCUCUCUGUCUACCAGAUCCCCAGGACAUUUACACUGGACAAGAACCACAACGCUCUGGCUGUGGCCGCCAGUGAUUCACCUGCCGCACCACCUCCCCGCCCCCCAAAACCCGGGCAGAUGGAGCCGCGGUGGGGCAGCCCACCCCAGCGUCCCCAGCCUGGUGAAAGCUUAGGGCUGUCCCCCAUGGCAGCCACCAUUCCCCGGAGAAACACACUGCCGGCGGUGGAGAACAGCAGGCUGCACCGAGCUUCUUCUUGCGAGACGUACGAAUACCCCCAGCACGGGGGCGGCAGCGCUGUGCAGUCAGUCGAGUCCAUGAACGAUGGGUACAACUCCUACCUGCAAGCCAAGGCAGCAGUGGCCCGCUCCCACAGCACCGACUCCGAGGACAACUACGUCCCCAUGAACCCCGGUUCCUCACCCCUCAUCCAUGCCGAGAAAGCCAACGACAAUGCCCAAAAUCUCUACAUACCCAUGAGCCCUGGGCCGCAUCACUUUGACCUGGUGGGGUUGUCCUCAGCCACUCUGCCCGUGCAUAAAGGAGGAGCCAUAGCACAGUGCCACAGACGCUUUAGUGAAAUCCAGCCCCCGCCAGUCAACCGCAACCUCAAACCCAACCGGAAAGCAAAGCCAUCACCACUGGACCUGAGGAACAACACUGUCAUCGAUGAGCUUCCCUUCAAAUCGCCAGUCACGAAAUCCUGGUCCAGGCCGACCCAGACCUUCAAUGCCGGCUCUUUGCAAUACUGCCGCCCUGUCUCCUCCCAGAGCAUCACCAGCACUGACUCGGGAGACAGCGAGGAGAACUACGUGGCAAUGCAAAACCCCAUUUCUGCUUCUCCUGUUCCUAGUGGCACCAACAGCCCAGCGCCUAAAAAGAGUUUGGGGAGUGUGGAUUAUCUGGCCCUGGACUUCCAGCCAAGCUCACCAGGGCCGCACAGAAAGCCCUCCACCUCGUCGGUCGCCUCGGAUGAGAAGGUUGAUUACGUGCAAGUGGACAAGGAGAAGACGCAGGCGCUGCAGAGCACCAUGCAGGAGUGGACUGAUGUGCGGCAGUCCUCGGAGCCCGCCAAGAGCACGAAGCAGUAGGGCCUGGGGCAGGGAGCGAAACAGGCAAAUGUCCCAGGGAUUUUCCCCAGCUGGGGCCGCGCCGGGCUGCCAGCUCCACUUGGGCUGGAUUUCUAAGACUUGUCUGCGGAUGGGAGGGAAUCUUCUUUUUUUGUUUUUUUCUUUUAAGACAAACAGAAACUUAAUUUCAGGGGAAGACUUGGCAGAUACUGUUUGCCAGUGAUAAAGACCAACUAUGUUCGGUGGCUAGGUUUGUGCUUUAGCUGCUGGAUGCAUUAUCCAGGAACUUCAACUUAGCAAUACCAGGUUUCACCCUACACAUGUUUGCUUACAGCUAUUAAAGGCACCUUGUAUGUGCUAACACUGCAUCAUCUCUCCCUGUCUUCUUCCAUGCCAUACCCCACAAACCAUGCAGGUUUGCAGCAUCUCUCACAGGACAUCAUUCCCCAUAUCAGAGGAUUCUCAUUCCCCAAUCUUUAUGGUAGCCCUUUUCUCUGCCUCCUCCCAGUCCCAAAACU